UAUAAUUUUUUCUCACUUCAAAAAGCAAAACGCAGUGCUCGACAAUGGUGGCGACGCUUCUAAAAUCCUAAAACCCUAACCCUAACAAAAAAAUCCCCAAUCUUCGCAAGACUCGAUGAACGUGGAUCACGAUCAGCCUCCCUCGGCGACGAAGGCCCAGGCGCUGCAGACCCUAACGGCGGGUCCUCUAUCGUCGUCGGUGGCGAAGCUCGCUGCGUCCUCGCGGUGCAUCCCUUCCGACAAGGACUUCCACUUCUACCGCAACUUCGAGGAGUUCAAGGUCCCCGUCGAGGAAAUCGCUCGGGAGUCGCGGUCGAUGCUCGAGGCCAUCGGCGCUGCGGCAGCGCAUGCGGCGUUCCCUGACAACGACGUCGACGACGACGCCGCAUACGACUGGCUGGUAAACGCGAAUGACGACGUUUUGGAGCGGUUCGACGCGUCGGUGGACGAGUUCCGGAAGGUUCGGCAGGAGGAAGAGGAGACUGGGCGUCCGGCGAUGCAUCCGAUGGAGGAAGAUGGGUUUCAAUUGGUGACGGGGAAGAAGAAGAAAGGGGGGAAAGGGAAUGUGACUCCGGCAGCGACGGGUUCUGAGGUGGCGGCAGUGGCGCCACCGGGAGUUACGGUGGCAACUAAGGAUAAGAAGACGAUGGGGCCGAAGUCGAAGGUUCCGUUUCAUAUACCAACGAUUAGGAGGCCGCAGGAUGAGUAUAAUAUAGUGGUUAAUAAUGCAAACAUGCCGUUUGAGCAUGUUUGGUUGCAGAGGAGUGAUGAUGGGUUGAGCUUCAUUCAUCCACUGGAAAAGCUAUCUGUUUUGAAUUUUGUUGAUACAAAUCUUGGGGAUGUUGUGCCUGUGAAGCCUCCCUCGAUAGAAAGCACCCCUUUUAAGCUCGUUGAGGAAGUCAAAGAUUUAAAGGAGUUGGCGGCUAAGCUGCGUUCUGUUAAUGAGUUUGCUGUUGAUUUGGAACAUAAUCAAUAUCGGUCUUUCCAAGGUUUGACUUGCCUGAUGCAAAUUUCAACAAGGACUGAAGAUUUUAUUGUUGACACAUUGAAACUUCGCAUUCAUAUUGGACCCUAUCUAAGGGAAAUCUUCAAGGACCCUGCCAAGAGGAAGGUCAUGCAUGGUGCGGAUCGAGAUAUUGCAUGGCUUCAACGAGACUUUGGAAUUUACAUUUGUAAUUUGUUUGACACUCACCAGGCUUCAAAGUUGUUAAACUUGGAGAGAAAUAGUUUGGAGCAUAUUCUACAUCAUUUUUGUGAAGUUACUGCAAACAAAGAAUACCAGAAUGCAGACUGGAGACUACGUCCACUUCCUGAUGAGAUGAUAAGAUAUGCCAGAGAAGAUACACACUAUCUGUUGUAUAUAUACGACUUAAUGAGGAUUAAGUUAUUUGCCUUGUCUAAGGAGUCUGAAAGUUCUGAGUCUUCAGACACUCCUCUGGUGGAGGUCUACAAACGCAGUUAUGAUGUCUGCAUUCAGCUAUAUGAGAAAGAACUUUUGACAGAGAACUCCUAUCUUCAUAUAUAUGGGUUGCAAGGGGCCGGUUUCAAUGCUCAGCAGCUUGCCAUUGUUUCUGGGCUGUGUGAAUGGAGGGACAUUGUUGCCCGUGCAGAGGAUGAAAGUACAGGAUAUGUAUUGCCAAAUAAAUCUGUUCUUGAAAUCGCUAAGCAGAUGCCUCUUACUACAAGCAAGCUACGGCGAUUGGUGAAGUCAAAACACCCUUAUGUUGAACACAAUCUUGAUACUGUUGUCAGCAUCAUUAGGCAUUCAAUCCAGAAUGCUGCUUCAUUUGAGGAAGCUGCUCAACAGUUGAAAGAAGCACAAGCUGUCACUGCAUCAGAUGUAGUACCUGUUACAGAUGGAACUGAAGAUCCCCCAUCUCAUACACGGCAUUCUAAGGAAUCUUCUCAGCAUCAAGCUACAAGUGUACCAAUAAAAAUUAAGUCCAAUAGUCUUAUUUUUGAGCCACCAAAGGAUAGUCUCACAAUUGCAGAGCAGAAUAGGGAUGCAAAUGUUGGUGCACUUUCUACAGCAAAGGGGAAUGGAGCAGCUGUUCAGGUGCUUAAAAAGCCUACUGGUGCUUUUGGGGCACUCCUGGGGAGUUCUGCUUCAAAGAGGAAGCUUGGUCCUGGUAAGGGCAAGGAAGAGAUCAAGCUAGAGCAGAUUAGAUCUUCUGUCAGUCUUCCUUUCCAUUCAUUUUUGGGUAGCAGUGAAAAGUCAGAACCUACAGAAGAAAUUCCUAGUGUAGCAUCUGAAAUGUCAGAACCGCAGAAACCUGUUUCUGAUGUAGUUUCUGCCUCUCCAGUAGAUGAGAUUAUAAUGCUAGAAUCAGAUACGGGUGCAAAGGAUAUGGAGCAGAAUAACCUAGAAAACUCCAAUGAACACAGGGAGAAAGAUUCUGUUGUGUCCACUUCGGGAAAAGAGGAUGAAGAUGAGCCAGUAUCACUGUCAGAAUUGUCAUCGAAUUUAAAAAAAUGCUUUCAUUCAAAUGAUCAAAAUAAUAAAAUCAGACAGCCCAAGAAAACUGAACAGCCCAGUGGCUUAGUGCAGCUGAAGCCAUUUGAUUAUGAAGCUGCAAGGAAACAUGUUAAGUUUGGAGAACAUAAAAAGCAUGCAUCUUCCAAGGGUUCCGAUGGUCAUAUGGAGGUAGUAGAGGACUCCGGUAGCAAGAAGCAGCGUUCGACAACAGGACAGGGACAAGCUAGUGAUUUGAGUAAACAAUUGCCACAAGGUAGAAGACGUCAGGCGUUUCCUGCUUCUGGGAAUCGUAGUUCAACAUUCCGCUGAGACAAUGAAAAUAGAUUUUAUGUACAAAUUGACAAAGCCAUAUUUUCAAUUUAGCAGUGUUAAAUCCAACAUGAUCAAGAUAUAUAAUUUUGUGAUUUAGCAUAGGUUGUGUCAUAAAAGCUCACAUAUUUUGAUUAUAAUUUUUGUUCAUUACUUGAGCAGCAACAGUUUUUUUGCGCCGAUCAGCUAUUGAAGGUGAAAAUAUUUGAGGGAUCAGAAAAAUAUGUUAGACAUUGAAUUGUAUUGUAUUGGUUUGAAAAUUCCAAUUACAAGGUUAAAUAUGCUUUGCAUUUAGACUA